AUGGAGCCACCACCAAUUUUCGAUUCACAACCGGCUGUACUUAUGGAACAAGGAGGUGCUAGAAUGAGAGGUGAUGAAAAAUGGCCACCCGCGGAUUACAAACAACAAGCGGAAGCGGAAAACGAAGCAAGAAAAGCAUUGGCAAGAGGUCCGGCGUGCAGACCGAGAAGGGUUAAUAAAGAUUACUCUUCUUUUUUUGCUCAACACGCUCUCAACACGAGUUAUCCAUCGUAUAGAGCACCGCCGGGUACUCAACAUUAUCUAGAAGAUGGUACAUCACAAUUUUAA